CCUACUAUAUGUCAGUGUUUUAAGAGCUUUUCUUGUUGCGUGUCGGGUUAUUUUUUCAAUGGCUGCAAUCGCAGUCAAUUGCUUAUGGCUGAGUAGGAGGAGCGCGGACUGGUUUGCGUUGAGAGUAUUUCCCUCAGUAACCAAUGGCGACGCCGUGAAGUUUGUGUAACAAUUGUCUCGCCUAGUUGAAGUCUUCGACAUUUAACCAUGCGCAUUGUUUCACAAGGAGACUGAUUGAGAAUGGCAGAGACCACCUUGAAGAUGAUACUAGUGGAACAAACAAUGGAGACUAAUGAGAAAUUAAACACUAAUGGAAAAAAUAAUAUCUCAUCAAACAGGAAAAUUUAUAUGGAUUACAAUGCAACCACCCCUCUGGCACCAGAAGUGAUUGAGACAGUUAAAGAAGCCAUGUAUGAAGCAUGGGGCAAUCCUAGCAGUUCUUAUGAAGCAGGUCAAAGAGCAAAGAGGAUCAUAAAUGAAGCUCGUGAAAAUCUGGCUAAAAUGGUGGGAGGACCGUUCCAGGACAUUAUUUUCACUUCUGGAGGGACAGAAGCAAAUAACUUAGUGAUUCAUACUGCAGUGAAGGAUUUUAUGAAAAGCAGCAAACGAAGUACUGUUGCAACAAAAGAAAGCCAUGAAGAAAAGACUUUAGGGACACUUCCACAUAUCAUUAUAUCUUGCAUUGAACAUGAUUCAGUUCGUCUCCCUGUAGAGCACCUGGUGAAGGAACAAAAAGCUGAAGCCACUUUUGUGCCAGUAUCAAAGGUAACCGGGCGAGUGGAAGUAGAUGAUGUUGUUGCAGCAAUCUAUCCAACUACCUGCUUAGUUUCUGUAAUGCUAGCAAAUAAUGAAACUGGGGUUGUGAUGCCCAUCUCAGAACUCAGUCAGCAGAUUGAAGUUAUCAACCACAAGAGAAAGGCCUCUGGUCUGCCAUGGAUCUUAGUGCACACAGAUGCAGCCCAGAUGAUUGGAAAGGGGCGAGUGGAUGUCCAGGACUUGGGAGUAGAUUACCUCACUAUUGUAGGGCACAAGUUUUAUGCCCCACGUAUUGGAGCCUUGUAUGUGCGAGGACUUGGUAUGAACACUCCCCUUCACCCCAUGCUGUUUGGAGGUGGGCAGGAAUGGAGCUUUCGUCCAGGGACUGAGAAUACUCCAAUGAUUGCUGGUCUUGGCAAGGCAGCUGAAUUGGUGAAUGAAAACUCUGAGCUAUAUGAAGCUCACAUGAGGAAAGUUCGGGAUUAUCUGGAAGAAAGGCUUGAAACUAUAUUUGGAAGACAAAAUAUCCAUUUUAACUGUCGACUGGAAGGCUCUAAACGACUUUGCAACACCUGUAAUUUUUCUAUAUUGGGCUCAGGUCUACAAGGUUGGCUGGUGCUCUCACGCUGUAGGACUUUGCUAGCCAGUGUUGGGGCAGCCUGCCACUCUGAAAAGGGUGACCAGCCCUCAGCUGUUCUGCUUAGCUGUGGAAUUCCUUAUAAUGUUGCACAGAAUGCCAUACGCCUCAGUGUGGGCCGUGAUACAAGCAAAGAAGAUGUGGAUCUGAUUGUAGAAGAUUUGAAACAGGCUGUGGCUGAAUUACAGUAGGCUGGAUACUUAUAGUUAGCAACAACAACAACAACAAUAACAACAACAACAACAACAACAAAAGAUCCAGUUCAUCAGUGUCAGGAAGUGAGCUUAUCUAGUCCUGAUACUCCAUUGCUCAAUGUGCUAUACUUACAUCUGACAUAUUGUGAGCUAUUAUGUUCCCAUCAAUUCUAUGAAACAGAAUUUUUGUUGAACAUCAAGUAAUUUGUUUACAUCUAUUGAAUACCUAGGAGCACUGUCUGCAUCUAUGAGCACUGGUUUCCCCCCCCCUCAAUUUUAGCACCAGUAAAUCCAAUUGGUGAAUUAUACCUUUUAACAUGUUUUAUCAAGCAGAAGGAAGAGCAAGGAAAUAUUUCUACUGGAUAUUUAGAGUUGGUGCUGAGCAGAAAACAAAUGUGAAUAUAAUGGUUGUCCCAAAGGUGCUUUUUCCAAAAGGCAACUGGACUUUCUUUUUUUUUUUUCUUUGAAAAUGUUUACUUCUCAUCCAAGAAGCUUCUUCAUUCAUGUCUAUGGAAAUUCUCAAUCAUCUAGGUCAUGGUUGUCCCAAAGUGUUUUUCCCCAAAAAGCAACUGGACUAUAUUGGGUUUUUUUUCUUUGAAAUGUUUCAUUUCUCAUCCUUCUUCAGCUUCUUGAAUGAGAAGUUUUCAAAGAAGAAACCCCAAAAAGUCCAUUUGCUUUUUGGAAAAAACACCUUUGGGACAAUCAUGACCUGGAAGAAGGAGAAUCUCCAUAGACAUGAAUACAAUAGGUAGAAGGUAUAUGCAUUUAUAUUCAUAUAAAUGUGUAUAUGCCAGACAUAUGCAUACAUAUAUGGUCAAGUAAAUCUCUAAAUUUGAAACAAUCAGGGAUUUGCCUUGGAGAUGUUUAUGUUUAACCCAGAAAUGUAUAAUAAUAAAUUGUUCUACUCUAAUAAAUACAUGUAUGCAUAUGCAAUGUGAAAGAAUGUAUAAUACAUCUAUCAAGUAUAAUACAUGUAUUAGAAUUAAGUAACAGAGAAAACCAGAAUAUUGGUUACAUAUAGGCCUGCUUCCUUCCAUUUAACUUUGCAUUAAAGGGUUAUUUAUAGUUUUAAGUAGCUAAGCCUGUUGCCUUUAGUUUUGCAAAAUAAAAGUGGGAUAUAAAUCUAAUAACUAAUUAACUGAAAAGUAAAUCUUGCUGGAGGCAACUCAGAUGUUGGGGAUCUGAAUCACGGGUUGCUGCUGUCCCUUUCUGCCAUGAAUGGCAAGAGGACAGAAUUACCCGCAACAGUAAUUCCCUUUUGAAGGAAGCAGGUGCUGCAAUAGAAGUUGGGUUUCACUGUCGCUGUUCGUUACAAAUCCUAAAAAGUUAUAAAUUUCAUAAAUAGGAGACCUCUCUUGAAAAAUCCUACAAAAAAAGAGAUAAUGGCAGCUGGGAAUAUAUAUGGCAGUUUUAAAUGUUGAAUUUCAGAAAUAUGUUGAAAUUGACUUGCAUAAGUGGAAUAAGGUCUACUGUUUUUGUGUUUUGUUUAUUUUUACUGCAUCCACUGAAACAUUGUUUGCUAAUAAUGAUGGAGCUAAAGAGGUAAUGUUUGGCUUCUUAGUAUUGUACUUGCUAAGAUUUUAAUAGGAAAUUCUCCAGUAUAACUCACUCACUGACCUUUCAUAGUAUUAUUUGUUUUACAUGGUAGCAUGACCUGCUACUAAAUGGUCAAAGUGGGUUAUACUAUAAACAGAUGCCCUCUGUAAAAUGUAAGCACAAUUAUGUCUUAGCAUGAAAUACAACUGCUUAGUUAUUCAUAGAAAGAUACAACAUACAAAGAAGCAACCAAUUCAUGUAUCUGAUUUUAUGUUGACUGUAAUUUAAAGCUAAUUUAAGCAUUUUAUUCUUCUGUAUUUUUAAUCUCAUUUUUUUUUAUUAUAUUUCUAUACCGCCUUUCUCCCGUAGGACUCAAGGCGAUGUACAGUCAAGAAAAAUAUAGACACACAAACAUCAUAAAUUUUUUUGAGAGUUGGCCUUGCCCAUCUCUUUUAACUAUGAUACUGCAGGAAAUUUAUUUGUUGAAUCUCUGUUUAAUCAUUGUGGGAUCUGAGAGAAACCUAUCAUAGGUUUCUAUGGGACCUAUCAAAUAUUAUCUAAUCAUCUAGUUUCCUUCAUGUUCAACAGUUCUGUUUUAAAAUAUUUGCAUCGAACAAUAACUAUAGAGAUCUAUAUCCAGAUUUUCACAGAUUCAAGGAUAUUUUACAUAACGGUAGUUUUUGAAAUUAGUAUGAUUGAAUCCCUUCCCCAUUAUCCACUCCCUCUGCUCUUGGGAGAUGUGUUUAGAAAAUGCAGUCUCUUUCCUCUGUCCAGCCAAACCGGUUCUUGUUUUGAAACCCAGUACAGUUUAAACCCCAAUUACAUUCUUGUAAUUUGGAAAUAUGUCUUGAUUUGCAAAAAACUUAUGAAACAGUUUCCUUUCCCUGGCUCUUGUCUUGAUCCCUCAUCUAUUUCUGUCCCUGAUCCAAAAUUAGGUUUAUUUAUUUAUUUAUCCAUUUAUUUAUUAAGAAAUUUAUAUACAUUUCUGGAUAAAUUUAUAAGGCAUGUUUGUGAUGGAGGCUCUGUGCAAGAGACAAAAACAUAUGUUUAAGUUUGUAGCUAUAUGGUUCUGGGUUGUUUUCACCCUGUAUGUUUUCUGUGAAAUUAGAUUGAAUGACAGAUAAAAAAAUAUUGAACUGAAAUUAAUUAUGAAGGGCUAAGGUGUUUGUGAUAGGAAAAUUGGAGUGAAAACUGGAAUUAAAUAUGUGGUAAACAUUAGAGUAAGAAAAUUGUAUGUCUUAGUAGAAGAUUAUCUAAACAAGGGAAUAUGGAUGGAGAGAUAUUCAGACAUGCAAAUAAUAAUAGAGAAUAUGGUGUAGUCUGUCAUGAGGAAUUAAUAUUGAAAAGUAUUAAAAUGUUUGUAUAUAA